AUGUAUCGUUCGCUUCCAGCAAAUCCACUAACGAAUCGCAAUAUUCCUUUUCGAGGACAAAAUCGAGAAGAUCAACGUAUACAGCUGAGACUUCGAUAUAACGAUCGAAGAUAUGGUAUAGAAUUAUACACUGAUAUUGAAACUUCUUCGACAAUUACUGUUAGCGGAAUCACAAAAGAUCUUUUAGAAUUCUUGUGUCUUGAUGAUAUUCCUCCAGAAGUUGUUUCUCUUGUUGGAGUUGGUUUGAAUGGUCGUUACUAUGUAUUGAAAGUAACCGAAAAACGGAGAUCAUUACGGGAUGUAGGCGUGACUGAUGGUUGUACACUCUAUUUUGAACCAGAAAAUAACGCACCACCUCCAAAACAAUGCCAAUUAACGGUAGUUUCUCCAGAUGAAACAGACAAGAUAGAUUUUAAGUGGUACACAGCAAAAACAACACUGGCGAUACUUCUCGAAUACAUUAUCGAACAAUUUUCAUUACAAUCAAUUAGCCGUGACCGAAUUCAUCUUCUUACAAUUGCCGAAGAACUCGAUAUAUCUUCUGAUGGUAAAAAACGAUUAAGUGAAUUAAAUAUACAUGAUCGAAUGUCGAUCUACGUUCAAAUCAUUCCACCACUCGUAAAAACAAGCACGAAGGAAGAUACAGAUGUUCAUGUACAAUGUAUUUAUAAUGGCGAUAAAUUUAUUGUAAAUGUACCAAAUACAACAACAAUCAAUGGGUUAAAAGAUAAGAUUCAGAUGGAAUGUAAAGAUCGUACUAUUAUUGAUUUCAAGUUAUCAAAUGAAACAAAAGAGGAACUUGAUCUGAAUGAUUUUUAUCGAGUUUUAAAAUCGUUUGGUAUUAAACGUGGUCAAACUGUAUACGCUACUUUUCGUGCAACUACUCGAAAAACUCAAUCAUUAAUUAAUAAUACUCAAAAUAGCAUAUCAACAGAUUCAUCUUUAUCAUCAACUCCAAAAACAAAACAUGAUAGAGUUAUGGUUAUUUGUAAGUUUCCAACGGAUAAUCCUGUCACUUUUCAAAUAUCAGUAAGAGAUACUAUUAUACAAUUAAUUAGAGAAAUAAAAUCUCGUAUACCCAAUAAACGAUUAGUUUUAUCUGAAAUAAAUUCGAAUGAUAUUCAUAUUAAUUUAGAAAAUGAUACCUUUCGAUGUUUAGCUGAUUUAGGAAUUAAACCUAAUGAUAAAAUUAAUGCCAUUAUGAUAGAUAAAUCUCCUAUUUAUUCAUCAAUCGUAAGCAAACAAACGACUAUGUCACUCAAACCAGAUAAACAAAUAAAAUCACAGUCUACAUCUAGAAUACCUAUUGGUUUGACUAAUCUUGGAAAUUCAUGUUAUAUGAAUAGUGCACUUCAAUGUCUUGCUCAUAUACCACCAUUAACUAAUUUCUUUUUAGAAAGUAUGGAUCGUACUCAUAUGAGAGAUAAUGAAGAUGAAAAUAAUGAUUGGAAUCCUUAUGAUGCAGUAGGAGAUGUAACUGGAGCCUAUGCUGAAUUACUUUGGAAUUUACGAAAACGUGAUGAAAAUAAUCCUGAUAUGUAUACUUUUACACCUAAUCGUAUUAAAGAUAAUAUGGGUAAAAAAGAUUCACGUUUUGCUUCAAGUGAUCAACAAGAUGCUCAAGAAUUUAUGACUUUUCUUCUUGAUAUUAUACAUCAAGAAUUAAAGACAAAAAAUAAAAAUGAUAGAAAUACAAUUAUAAAAAAACUUUUCUUCGGAGAAAUAACAUCAACUGUAACAUGUACGGCAUGUCAUAAAGAAGACUCAACAAUAAAUCCAAUUAGUAGUUUAUCUAUACCACUCAAUCGUCAAGAACGUCGUUUCUGGAUUACUUUUAUUACAAAACAAGGUAAAGAUGAACUUACUCUUGUAGAUGUACCUAUUGAUGGACAAGUUGGACAUCUCGUCGAAGCAUUCGCUCAAAAACAUAAUGAACCAUUACUCUUUUACUAUGUACUUGUCAUGUUACCUGAUGGAGAAGUCGACUUGAAUACACCACUUAGUCAAAUCACUGGUGAUGAAUUAAUAUUUAUGGAACAAGAAGAACGCUGUGAUAAUAUUCGACCUAAACCUUUAGAAAAACCGAAAACAGCAUCUACUCUUGACAAUUGUCUUGAAGAAUUUUUUUCAAAAGAAUAUCUCGAAGAUGAAUGGAGAUGUCAACAAGAAAAUUGUAAAAAAAAAGUAAUACCAAUGAAACAACUUAAACUUCGUACACUUCCAUCUAUUCUUAUUAUUCAAUUCAAACGAUUUUCACAUGAAAAUGGUCUACAUCAAAAAAUUGAAACAUUCGUUGAUUAUCCAUUAGAAGGACUUGAUUUAAAGAGAUUUCUACCAUCAUCAUCAUCAUCAUCAUCCGAUGACGCUAUUUAUGAUUUAAUUGCUGUGUGUAAUCAUAUGGGGUCAAUUUUUGGUGGUCAUUAUGUCGCGUAUGCUCAAGAUCUAUCCUCAAGUAAAAAUAAAUGGUUUAAAUUUGAUGAUUCAUCCGUAACAAGUGUAAAAUCAUCUGAGUAUGCAGAUGAAAUUAUCUCUAGAGAUGCUUAUCUUUUAUUUUAUAUUAGAAGAGAUAUUUUAUAUCCAAUAACAUCAUUAUAG